AGCUUCGUUGUUCAACUUCAGAAGAAGAAGAAGAAGAUGAAGAUGGAGGCUCUGAGAGAAGCAAGAAGCGAGAUUUAUCUCAGAGUCUCUGCGAUUCUCGUCUUGGUUUUAACGGCUUGUUUGGUUGCCUUUGAUUCUCAGACCAAGGUCAUUAUAUACACUAUCACCAAGAAGGCCACUUACAAGGACUUGGAAGCUCUCAAAAUAUUAGUGUACGUGACUUCUGCUGCUGCGGUUUUUAACUUUCUUCAGAUUUGCAAACACCUGGUCCCGGCUUUUUCUGGAGGAAAAUCCAAUGGCUAUCUUCUAUACUUGGCUUGGUUUUGUUUCUUAUUGGAUCAGGUAGGGGUGUAUGUGACAUUCGGGUCGAACACGGCGGCGAUGGAGGCGGCGACGAUAGCGUUAAACGGAGCGAAAGCGUUGCAGUGGCUGAAAGUAUGCGAUAAAUUCACCAGAUUCUGCAUUCAGAUAGGAGUGGCUCUCUUGUGUGGCUAUGUUGCUUCAUUCAUCAUGGCCAUCAUAUCUUGUGUGUCUGCCUACAACUUGUUCCGCCUCUAUUCUUCUUCCUCUUUCCUCCGCUUGAAGUUAUCCAAGGCCCCUCAUUAAUUAAUUAAUUAGCUUUUGCUUAAUUAGCCCCACUAUGUGAUUAAUUAUACUAUCCUGAAACUAAAUGAUAAAUUAACGAAUAUUGUUAUUGUAAUUUUGAUCAUCCACACGCGCAUAUAUAUGUUAGCUGAUGCAUGGAGAUGAAGGGGGAGUGAAAGAGAGAGCUUUCAGUGAUGUAAUUUUACGCGUAUGUUUUAUUAUACAACCUCAAGCUGCACACUGCGUACUAUUGAAAAUAAUGAGCAAGCUUACCAUUUACAAGUCA